UGAAAUGCCGGCAUACCACUCAAAAUUCGACACUGAACUCAAAGUUUUGCCAUUGGGCAACACAAAUAUGGGAAAACUUCCGAUUCGAACCAAUUUCAAGGGUCCAGCGCCUCAAACCAAUCAGGAUGACAUCAUCGACGAAGCGCUCACCUACUUCAAGCCGAACAUCUUUUUCCGCGAAUUUGAGAUCAAAGGUCCCGCGGACCGUACAAUGAUCUAUCUCAUCUUCUACAUCACCGAGUGCCUCAGAAAAUUGCAAAAAAGCCCAAACAAGAUAGCCGGCCAAAAGGAUCUUCACGCCUUGGCUCUCAGUCAUUUGCUUCCAAUUCCCGGUGAAAAUGGAUUCCCACUGAACAGCAUGUACAAGGCGCCCCAAUCGAAACCGGACGAGGACGAAAUGCGUGCCUAUUUGCAACAAAUUCGCCAAGAAAUCGGCGCCCGUCUGUGUGAUCUCGCGUUCCCGGAUCCCCAAGAUCGUCCGAGCAAGUGGUGGCUCUGUUUCGCGAGAAGACGAUUCAUGGACAAGGGGCUCGUUGGACAGGGUGUUAAUUUGUGAAUUAUCGAUUAAUUAUUGUUGUAUCUGGCUCAAAAUUUUUUCACUUUUCCCAUUUUUUUUUCCAUGUAAUUAUAUUUAUAUUGCGUCCAGUUUUACUUUUUGUGCUGCUUUAAAAUAUUCAUUAAAAUUCCGAUUUC